UGCUCUCAGGCCGCGCCGCCCCCGGAGCCCCUUCUCCGGCCCCGGGAGGGUGUCCGGGGGGCCCUGGGCUCGGUCGGCUGUGGGGGAGGGGGCUGCCUGGUCUCGGCCCCUGAGAGGGGAGGGGCGACAAUUUCUGUCGGCGGAGCGAAAGGGGUUUAAAGGGCGGCUCUUAAAGGGGCCGCAGGAGGGGCCUGGGCCGACCCAGGCACUCACCCCUUCCCCGGCCGCCUUUCUUUGCGCUCACUCGGGCGCUGGGCCGGGAGAGGAAUGCGGAGGAAGGAGGCACUGGUGGGAGGGCCCCGGGAACAGAGCCCGGCCAGCGGGGUGGGCGCAGCGGGGCGGGCGGGGGUCUGGGGGGUGUGGUGAGCGCUGGCGCGCGGAACUGGGGGAGGGGAUGAUGUGGAAAGGAGAGGGUUAAAGGUGGGGCCGGCCCUACAAACGCGCGCACACACUCCUUACUCAGACCCAGUCACAAGCGUUUCCCUGGCACUUAGAUGGGGCUGUGGGUGGUAGGGGGGCGGAUUGGAUCGGAGCCUGCGCCGGAGCCCUUUGCACCCCAAUCACCGGCAGCCCGGCCUGGGGGCCCCCGCUGUCUGAACUCACAGCUCCCUGCUGAGCCCCCUCUCCGGGGCGCACACACGCUUCAACGCGCGCACACACCUCGGACAGUCCCCUCGCGUCUCACGUGACACGCGGCCCGAACGUGCCACCCUGCCCACGCGCUCACGCACGCGUGCACAUACACCAGCCUCCCGGCCGCUGUCCCACUCCGUCCCGACGCCCCUACGCCCCCGAAGGCACUCAUUGACUGACACACCUACACUCAUUCACAGACGCACACUCCCCCCGAUAAGCCAACCCCAGACACACAUUCAUAACCAGGCCUGCAAGAAGUACACACGCACCCCCUCACUGCCUACUCCUGCUUUCGGGAGGCUGAGUCAUUCCUGCCCCCUCGUAGGUUUCCCCAUUUCCUGGCGCCCGGGCACCCUGAGACCGCCUUGGGAAUUCGUUUGCGUCCCCCUACACCUAGGCCCCCUUCUACAGUUUGCGCCCCGUGACACUUAACCAAGGACUUCCUGUGGGUCUCAGGAGGCCCCGUGUGGGCCGGGGCCUAGUGGUCACUAUGGAGUCCAUGUUCGAGGACGACAUCAGCAUCCUGACGCAGGAGGCCCUGGGGCCCAGCGAGGUGUGGCUGGAUGGUCCCGGAGAUCCCUCUCUCGGCGGCGACAUGUGCUCCGCUUCCCACUUUGCCCUCAUCACUGCUUAUGGUGACAUCAAGGAACGGCUGGGGGGCCUGGAGAGGGAGAACGCUACCCUCCGCCGCCGCCUCAAAGUCUACGAGAUCAAGUACCCACUGAUCAGUGACUUUGGAGAGGAGCACGGCUUUUCUCUGUAUGAAAUCAAAGAUGGCUCCCUGCUGGAGGUGGAAAAGGUCAGCUUGCAGCAGCGGCUCAACCAGUUCCAGCAUGAGUUACAGAAGAACAAGGAGCAGGAAGAACAGCUUGGAGAGAUGAUCCAGGCCUACGAGAAACUCUGUGUGGAGAAGAGCGACUUGGAGACAGAGCUGGGGGAGAUGAGGGCCCUGGUGGAGACGCACCUGCGCCAGAUCUGUGGUUUGGAGCAGCAGCUGCGGCAACAGCAAGGCCUCCGGGAUGCAGCCUUCUCCAACCUGAGCCCACCGGCAGCCCCCACCCCACCCUGCGCUGAUUUGGACCUUCACUACCUGGCACUAAGAGGGGGAUCUGGCUUGAGUCAUGCAGGCUGGCCGAGCUCCACACCCAGUGUGAGUGACCUGGAACGGCGGCGUCUAGAAGAGGCUCUGGAGGCCGCACAGGGAGAGGCCCGGGGGGCUCAGCUCCGGGAGGAGCAGCUCCAGGCUGAAUGCGAGCGGCUGCAGGGGGAGCUAAAGCAGCUGCAGGAGACCCGAGCCCAGGAUCUGGCCUCCAACCAGUCGGAGCGGGACAUGGCAUGGGUGAAAAGAGUUGGGGAUGAUCAGGUGAAUUUGGCGCUGGCCUACACGGAGCUGACGGAGGAGCUGGGCCGGCUUCGGGAGUUGAGUUCCCUGCAGGGGAGAAUCUUGAGGACUCUGUUGCAGGAGCAGGCCCGGAGUGGCGGCCAGAGGCACUCGCCGCUGUCGCAGCGCCACUCCCCGGCCCCCCAGUGCCCCUCCCCCUCUCCGCCUGCCCGAGCGGCGCCCCCGUGCCCACCGUGCCAGUCCCCCGUGCCCCAGCGCCGCUCUCCCGUGCCCCCAUGCCCCUCACCGCAGCAGCGCCGCUCACCAGCCUCGCCCUCCUGCCCGUCGCCCGUCCCGCAGCGCCGCUCGCCGGUGCCGCCACCGUGCCAGUCCCCCAGCCCGCAGCGCCGCUCCCCGGUGCCCCCCAGCUGCCCGGCCCCGCAGCCCCGGCCGCCCCCGCCGGGGGAGAGGACGCUGGCGGAGCAUGCCUAUGCCAAGCCGCCCAGUCACCACGUGAAGGCCGGCUUCCAGAGCCGCCGCAGCUACUCCGAGCUGGUGGAGGGCGCGGCCUAUGCGGGCGCCUCCCCGCCCUGGCUGCAGGCCGAGGCGGCCACGCUCCCCAAGCCCCGGGCCUACGGCGGCGAGCUCUAUGGCCCUGGCAGGCCACUCAGCCCGCGGCGCGCCUUCGAGGGCAUCCGGCUGCGCUUCGAGAAGCAGCCUUCGGAGGAGGACGAGUGGGCUGUGCCCACCAGCCCGCCCAGCCCAGAGGUGGGCACCAUCCGCUGUGCGUCCUUCUGCGCAGGGUUCCCCAUCCCGGAGUCGCCCGCCGCCACCGCCUACACCCACGCCGAGCACGCGCAGUCCUGGCCAUCCAUCAAUUUGCUUAUGGAGACAGUGGGCUCUGACAUCCGCAGCUGCCCCCUCUGCCAGCUGGGUUUCCCUGUCGGGUACCCGGAUGAUGCCCUCAUCAAACACAUUGACUCCCACCUGGAGAACAGCAAGAUCUAGGGCGCCACCCCCACUCACUGGCUGUUUCUCUGUCCUCUCCUAUCACCCCAAACACUCACUUUGAAUGCUGCAUGAAUCUCGUGGGGGGCCCCUGCCCCUUGCGACCCCCAGAUACCUCCACUAGCUACCGAGUCAACGUGCGUGCCGUCUUCCCUGGUCCAGGCACCACUCAGCUCUGGCUCUUCCUGGGAGGUUAGCCGAGGCUCCCCCCACACUCCUGGUUUCUGCUUGGGAGGUGGGGACUUGGGCUGGGAUGGGGACAGCAUACCCCUCCCAGGCCUCUCCCUCUGCCUGUCUGUUCUUAAACAGAGUUGGAUCCAAAAAGGUGUCUAGUGCUUGGGCCUUGGAGUGGGGGGAAGGUGUUAGAGGACUCCAGGAGCUCCUCCACCCCUCCCCAAAUGUCCGUGUUUCUUAGACCAGGCUCUCUCCGGGGAACACCCACAAGCUGUCUUUGGGGUCCCAGGGCCUGCUCUAUGCACUGAUGCCAGUGUCUCCAUCCCGUGGCCAGCCUAGGGCUCAUGGCAUGGGCCCCCAUUGGGGGAGGAAGGCAUCUUGUUCCUUGUUCCCUGUAGGCCAGCCCUGUCCUCCCUUUCCUGCUCUGCUUACUCUGGUGAAAAGGGAGGGAGGAGCAGAGAGGGAGAAUUCUGGAGGACUGGGAAGAUCUAGCCAACAGAGGCUUCUCAGAGAGCCAGGGCCCUGCACCGUGCCCCUGGAAGAGAGGGGACUGUCUUCCAGCCUCCCAGGCCCAUGCCCUCCUUCUGGCGCCCCUGGUACUGAGGCACAGAUAGUCAAGGCAGAUGCCCCCUCAACCCUUAUUCCACGGAGCCCCUGACACCACAGGUGCCCUGGAGCCCUGUGUGACUCAGCCUCUGUUAGCUGGGUGGGUGUCAUCAGCCCCUGCCUCCCAGGCCAGAACCUGAGAACAGGCCCAGGGUGCUGUGGAGAUCAACUUCAAAAGAGCUAACCCCUUCCCACACCCCACCCACCCACCUACAUUUCCUCUGUGAAAUCUACCUCAGAGUCAUACCCUCAGAAGGACGGGUAAGCAGGAGGCCAGGGGGUCCCCAGGGCUGAGGUGGGGAGCCUCCUAUGGCAAAAGCCUACUACCCCACAAUGAAUCCACCCCCCUCCACUGCGCGCCUCUCCCAGGUCUCAGCUCCGGGCGUGGAGCAGUGGCUGCUACUGAUAGCGCAUGUCCUGCUCUGAUUCAACUCUUCCAGGCCCCACCUUCCCGCACCCCUCCCCUCCAUAGAACAGGGGAGUGAAGGGGUGUGUUGGGCAGGGAAGGGGCCAAGGACACUUGUCAUUGAACCCUGAUCGUCCCCAGGGAGGGGAAAUGGGGAAGGGAGCCUGGAGAGGGGAGGCGGGGGCCCCUGUGCUCUCUGAACAAGUUGAAAGUCCAAAUAAAACUUACCUGUUCCA